UUUUAACAGGAUAAGACAUUGUUUCAAUUAAAAAUUCUACUAAUCCCUACGUCUUACAUUGAAGCUUCAUAGAUUCAAGUAGUAUUUUUGGAGUACGUGCACAAUGAAUAAGAAACAGGGAAAAUAAUUUAAAACUAAAAGCGUUGUAAUUCAAAGGAAAUCCAGCAUUUGAAACUGGCAAUUUAUCGUACGACAAUAAUGUUACCAUCAAUCAGUCGACUGCUUACGUCCCUAUUGACAGUACGCGUAAACAAAGACAAUGUCGCGCGUGGCGAACAUAAUCCUCGCGUUGCUCCUGGCGGCGAGUCUCAACGCCUCGACGGUGACGUCGGUCCUGUUCUUCGGCCGUCGAUCCUACGAGAACGCGAGUUACGUCCAGGUCAUAUGCUCGGAUCUUCCGCCGGACGAGAAAGGCCGCGACCACUGCGAGGUGAGCAGCGUCCGCGCCAAGAUCCCGCACAACGACUGCAUCUUGCAACUGAACGUGGGCAGCCGCGCCCUCGGGCCCGACUCCAUGGAGGUGGUGCGCUUCGGCGACGACAAGGCCAUCCUCAGCUGGCGCGUCGAGGAGAGCAGCGGCGAUCAGCCGGCGGCGACGGCCACCAGCUGGCGACGACUCGGCGUCGUGCACCUGAAGGACUCGCUGGACUGCGAGCUGCACGAGCUCGCGCUGACGUUAGGCGACAGGAGGUACGUGCCCGUGAGCGUCGUCGCGAACGAGAACAGCUUCAUCGUGCUGGUCUUCAGCGAGGAGCCGGACAGUCCGUGCCGGAUGUCGGACUCGGAUCUCGACGCGCCGAGGUGCGCGAUGCACUUCGACGAGAGGGGCCAGCUCGUCGGCGGGCCCCGCGUCUGGUUCUACCAGACCAAACGGGACGACGACAUGAUACUGGAGCCGUUGGACUACGACGAUCCGUUGAGCGGUUAUCUGCUUAUCGACACCAUCGUGAGACCACAGUCCGUAAUGGUUCGCGUAUCCAUCGUCAAACUGAACGGCAUGACGCUGCGGCUCGAUAGCUACGAGAUGAUGUCGAACACCCGCUCGGCGAAUCCGUACGACGACGUGGCCUACUCGACGGCCAACGGCUUGAUCGGCGUCUGCGUCGGGAAUCUACGUCACGAGCGGCAACUCGUUUGCAGCCAGUUCGAUCGCAACGGCAAACAGACCCUCGAGAAGUCGCUCCAGGUGGAGCGCAAGAACAAAUACUCUCUGAUGAAUCUAGCCGGUGGCGGUAUGCUGCUGCUCAGUUACAGCUGCCGAGACCCGGAAAACUUGUGCGAACUCGUGGACUCGAUCUCGAUCUCGGUAUCGAGAAUCGAGGCCAACGGCAAAGUCACGCCGGAUUUUUAUCGCAAGAACGAGCUGUACCCGUGCAACAGGAAGUAUUACCGGGGCGAGGCGCAGCUCUUCCAGCUGGACUCGGGUCACUACUGCUACACGCACGUCUGCCUCGGCUACCCGAAGGAUCGGACGGACACCGACGGACCCGUGAUCUACACGCACUGCAUACCCGACGUGGAAUCCGCGAUAACUCCCAAGAUCCACCCCGACGACGAGAACGAGGACAGCCCGAAGGGUACGCUGUACUUCGACCGUCGCUCCAGCAAGAACGAGACCUGGGUGACCGUCUACUGCGGCGACCUGAUCCACCGCGACGACGGCCAGACGCUGUGCGAGGUGAGCCGCUACCGCGACCAGCGUCUCGAGUACACCUGCCCGACCUGGCUCUACUCGGAGUACUUCAAGCCCAAGGUCAUUCGGGCGCUGCCCUUCAUGGCGGACAAGGCGAUUCUCAGCUGGCAGGCGUACUCCAGCAGGAUGCGAAGCGGCUGGCGUCUGCAGGUGGUGCACUUCAAGGACUGCUCCGCGUACAGGCCCCGAUGGCGCGACUGGUCCGACGCGCCCACGAACAUCGUCGCGUACGAGGAUUGGUUCGCCGCGGCCGUAACGAGCUCGUGGCCGGGGCCGUGCAUGACGCCGCCCGAGCGCCGUGUCAACGUGACGAGGUGCAAGCUGUUCUUCGACGAGAGAGGCCAGGUUAUGUCCGCGUCGCCCCUCGUGUGGUUCGUCCAGGACCAACGGGACGACGACAUGAUACUGGAGCCGUUGGAGAACGGGAAUCCGGACGGUGGACACCUGCUCAUCGAGACCUCCGAUUUGAAGACCUCGACUCCGGUAUUCGUUCGUGCCUCUAUCGUCAAGACGAACGGACAACUUCUGCGGGUCGGCAGCUACGAGCUGCUGGACGCCCACUUGGCGAAUCCGCACGACGGCAUAGCCUACUCGACGGCCAACGGCCUGAUCGGCAUCUGCGUCGAGAACAGGCUCGAGCAGAUCGUUUGCGCGCAGUUCGAUCGUCACGGCAAGCAGACCCUGGCGAAUUCGCUCCAGGUGGAAAGAAGACACGAGCUCGCCGUGAUCAAUCUGGUCGAGCCCGGCGCCAUGCUGCUGCUUCAUUACGUGUGCGGCGACCCGGGGAGCCGUUGCGAGCGUCCAAAUUCGUUGAUCGCCAUCGUCUCGAGGAUCGAGAGCGACGUAGCCCCUCGGAUCGUGUUCAGCGGUUCGACGGGACGGUGCGAUACAGGCUUCGAUCGGGCUUCGGCGCAGCUCUUCGUGCACGAGGCCACGGGCCAGUACUGCUUCGCGCAAUUCUGCUACAGGGACUCGACGAAGGAUCGUACGGACGACAGCUACAGGCCCGUGACGUUUACGACCUGCUUGCCGGAAAAGGCGAUGGAAGCCAUCACCGAGCAGAAGCAGCCGCUGUGAUUCGACGUAUGAUGUAACGAUCAUUUUUUGUUUGUAAAACGCGCACACGACGCUCUUUGGGUCGAUUCAUUUUAGUUUUUCGUUACAUUUAAUGCAAUUUUACUUUUUUUAUAAAUAACCGACCGACCGUAUUUUAUAAAUUUUAAUAAGACUGAAUUAAUAGCUUUAAGUUGAUACAAGCUUUAAUAGAUAUUGAAUUUAAAAAAAGUUUACUUUCACAUACAACUUCACUAAUUUUCUAUUUGUUACUACAUAUUUUUUGCUGUAAUUACCCAGUACAAACAAUCAAUACACGCAAUGUUAUAAUA